UCCGGGCGCGGGCGUCAUGGCGGUGCUGGCCUCCAACCCCAACAACCCCGUGGUCUUCUUCGACGUCUCCAUCGGCGGGCAGGAGGUCGGUCGCAUGAAAAUCGAGCUGUUCGCUGACGUGGUGCCCAAAACCGCAGAGAAUUUCAGGCAGUUUUGUACGGGUGAAUUCAGGAAGGACGGUGUCCCUAUAGGCUACAAGGGAAGCACUUUCCACAGGGUAAUAAAGGAUUUCAUGAUCCAAGGAGGUGACUUCGUAAACGGAGAUGGCACUGGAGUAGCCAGUAUAUAUCGGGGUCCCUUUGCAGAUGAGAACUUCAAGCUCAAACACUCUGCUCCUGGUCUGCUCUCUAUGGCAAACAGUGGUCCGAGUACCAACGGCUGUCAGUUUUUCAUUACAUGCUCCAAAUGCGACUGGUUGGAUGGGAAACACGUUGUGUUUGGUAAAAUCAUCGAUGGGCUGUUAGUCAUGAGAAAAAUUGAAAAUGUGCCUACGGGUCCAAAUAACAAACCCAAGCUGCCAGUUGUGAUCUCUCAGUGUGGGGAAAUGUAAAGCAAUCAAAGGGAAGUGUGAGCUGGAGAUCUCACAGAGAAGACAAGUUGAUCUGAUGAGACCUGUGUCCAUAAACCCUGCUCAGCUGGCAGUAAUUACAGUGCUCUUUUCAAACAGGCCAUUAAUCAAGCCCUGUAUCAGCUGUCCCUUUAUUUUUGUCUGGGAUUACUGUCAGAUCGACCGGUGCUGCCUUGCUGUGCCCCCCACGCGACACUGGUGGUGGUUGUGGUUGUGGUGCUGCUGCAGCGUCAGGAUCCGAGGCUCAAGAUUUUGGCCUGGGGUGGGGAAAGCGAUGCUGAAGUUGUUGGUCCCAGGGGGAUGCUCGGCGAAGAAGACGGCUUGGUUUCCCUGGACCUUCCUUCUGGAGAGUCUGACGGACGCUUUCUUGGGUCUCUCCGAGACGCUGAACGGCAAAGACAAGGGAUGGAGACAAAAGACGGUCAUUUGAGCAAGGCUCCACUAAGAUAAAACACCCCGAUGCUUUCCCUGCCGGAUGAGGUGGCUUCAGUGAAGGCGAGCUGGUCCUUUGAGGGAGAUGCUGCCUCCCACAUCUUCCUCCUCCUGUGGCCCUGUGAAGGAAGGACCGGAUGUUUAGGACAGGGCUAAUUAAAAGCAAGGCUGUUGUAAAGAGACCUCUGACCUGAGGCUACAGCCUGGCUCUUAAACGGCUCAAUUAGGAGGCAUUUACCUUGAGUAACCGUAAUCAGACCAGCUCCUUGGAGAGCAACACAAACCCGACCGGGUGCCCGGGCCUUCCCGCGUUGCAGCACGCGAGGCCCGGUCCGUUCCCCUCUCCUCUCGCGGCCCCGGGGAGCGAGCAGAGGGCAACCGACCUCUGCCCGCGGCCUCCCUGCCGUGGAAGGCCCCGCCGGGAUCGGGUCCGCGGGGACGCCGGCGGUGGCACUUCUGCCGCCACCGUUGCCCAGGGGCCGAGCGGUGCCCUGGAGCACGCUGUUUCUCCGGGGCUGGAUUAUAACGCUUUAACUGCCCGUAAUUACACGUUGCAAAAAGCUU